AUGAGAGAUCCAGUUGACACAGCGGCUGCCAUGACUUACCAUCCUUUCCACGCUCAUAGACCAGGUGCCCUGCCACUGUCAGCCUUCCUCACCGCCGCUCAGCCCUCGUUCUUCCCGGCGCUGACUCUCCCAGACGCCGCCUCCCUCUCCGCGCCUCUGUCGGAGCGGGCAGCCGCCUCUGACGCGGGGCUGCGCGCAGCUCUGCGACACCAGCAUCCGACACCAGUCUACCCGAGUUCCUUGAAGAGCCCGCAGCCAGAAGAAGGUCAGGAUGAUGAGCCGAAAGUCACACUGGAAUCAAAGAAUUUAUGGAAUCAGUUUCACAAAAUGGGAACUGAGAUGGUUAUCACCAAAUCUGGAAGGAGGAUGUUUCCGCCUUUCAAAGUGAGGGUGGGGGGGCUGGAUGAAACAGCAAAGUACAUCCUGCUGAUGGACAUCGUGGCCGUUGAUGAUUGCCGCUACAAGUUUCACAACUCCCGCUGGAUGGUGGCUGGAAAAGCUGACCCGGAGAUGCCAAAGCGCAUGUACAUCCACCCUGACAGCCCGUCCACAGGGGAGCAGUGGAUGAGCAAGCCCGUGGCUUUCCACAAACUCAAACUCACCAACAAUAUUUCGGAUAAACACGGAUUUACGAUUUUGAAUUCAAUGCAUAAAUACCAACCCAGAUUUCAUAUCGUGAGAGCCAACGACAUCAUGAAGCUUCCAUACAGCACCUUCCGGACUUACGUUUUCCCGGAGACGGAGUUCAUCGCUGUCACUGCCUAUCAGAAUGAAAAGAUCACACAGUUAAAAAUCGACAAUAAUCCUUUUGCCAAAGGAUUCAGAGACACUGGGAACGGCAGACGAGAAAAGAGGAACAAACAGCUGAAUGUUUCUUUGCUGCAUGAGAACCAAAGUAAAGACCGGGACAGUGCUGAUUCUGAUGACUCCUGUGAACAACCCAGCACCAGUGAUCCCUUUUAUUCCCCUGGGGAGUUAGUGAGCAGCCCCCUGAUGUCCACCCCAACCUGUCCAGAUGAGAACAAUACUGGAAGUGAUUCAGAUUUUGAUCUACAACGUGAGGACCAUGCUGAAGCCAGCUGUUCCAGGGCUGAACAUACAAGUGAGGAGAUACUGUGGAAAAGAUAUGCUGCCAGUAAGAGUAAGGAGCAUCAGGACACAACACAGGACAGAACAGAGUUUAGAUCAUCAGAUGACGCGUUCUCCAUGGAGAAAAAGCACCAGAGUGAAAUCAAAGACGGGAUCAUGCCUGUGAUGCUGCAGACACAGAACUCAUCAUCCCUCGGCUCCGCUCACCUGCAGACUGUGGAUUUCUCAGCUGCUCACAGCCAGCAGCUUCUCAAGCUUGGGGCACCUAUGUUGUUUCAUCCUGGACAGUUGUCAGCGAAGCCAGAGGCUUUUCCCACUUUGGGUAUGGGACAAAUAUUUUCCUCUUUGUCUGGAGCAAAUGAACUAGAAACUGGAGGCCUGUCUCCUCAAAGCAUCACCUCUCCAUCCCCCUUCAUGUUGCACCUGUCACAGCACAUGCUGGCAUCUCAGGGAAUCUCACUGUCACCCUUUGGAGGAUUGUUGUCAUAUCCAUACUGCUACAUGGCAGCUCCAGCUGCGCUCACCCCGGCUCUCCCCACUUCCUCUGCAACCUCAUCGCUCGCCAGGAGCCACUGUUUCCGCAGCUCUCGCCCUUGGUUCCGAUUCAGCCCUUAUCAGAUCCCCGGCUCCUUCACCUCCGGCCUGCUUACGACCAGAUCGCCCGGCAGUUCAAACUCUCAACCUGAGCUGUGCAAACCGAGCAGCAGACAGUCAGGUCUAUGUGACAGUCACAGCCACAAAACCAAGGCCAAGCAGAAGACGGCUCCACCUCAGUCAGCGGUGAAGGGUUCCAUGGAUUAG